CUUCUAGAAGCGUUUAGCAGACAAUGCAGUAGGUAUAUAUAUAGCCCGUAAAGUGAAUCGAAAUAACACAGUUUUUUGUAUUUUGAUCGUGACCUUAUUUGCCGAUUUUUCAACGAAGGAACAAGCUCUCCAGACUUAGCUAAAUUCGUCUGGGAACCUGACAACGACGACGACUUCCCUGCAUUCAAGGUAAGAACAGUUCCUUAACGGAACUCUAUAAGAUGCAAAUGCCUGUGCCGCCCACCCCUCCCCGACAACCAUUCGCUCCCUUCGCUCCCUUCGCUCCCUUUGCUCCCUUUGUUCCUUUCCAGCCUUUCGCGCCGUUCCCCCCGAUGCAGCCAUUCGCUCCCUUCCCCCCAAGUGCUUUCAACGUCCCAAUGCCGCAUAUAAUAUCGGCUGACGAGAUUAGGAAAGCGAAGCCGGGACAGAACGGCGUGUACAACGGCGUGAUGGUGUCUUCCAGUAGCAACUCUUAUGUGGACAAAGACGGGAAAGUCGUGAAGAAGGGAGGCACUUCCGUGCUCACCAACCAGGACGGAAAGGUGAAGGAGUGGAAGCACGGCAAUGCACCACCUGAUAUCAACAAGCCUAUCCAGUUUCCCAAAUUCAGAAAAAUGAAAAAAGUAAAGAUGCCGAAAUUCGAGCCGAUCGUCUUCGAACCCAUCGACAUUGACCCAAUCGAAUUUGAGCCGAUAAAAUUCGACCCAAUACCGCCCAUUGACAUCGAGGACAUUAAACACCAUAAACCCGGCAAGGGGGAAACCUUCAGCGCUUACUCCGUGUCAUCAUCAUCCAACAAAAGGACGGUGAACGGGAAAGUGGUUGAAGACAACGCCGCUUCCAGUGUCGUCACCAACGACAAUGGAAAGGUGAAGCAACAGCACGCCGGGUACAACAAAGGUGACAAGCACUGAAGACCGAUAAAAUGUGACGAGUGGAUGGAACUUGAAGUCCACUCGUUGACACGAAAUGUUAAUUAAAUUUAAGUACUAAUUUUAGAUCUAAAAUAAAAAUUUCGUCAUAGUUUAUGUGUGUAACGCCGUGUCUUGCGUGGGCGUCUCAUCGCAUCGUCUGCAUCCAUAUCGAUUAGGUUUGAUU